GCCCACCACAAAUGCAGCUUUUCCCGAUUCUGUAGCAAUAGUCUCGUUUAAUUCCCAAUUAAUACUAAGGUAUCUAAUUUUAACGUUUCUUUUUUUCCUUCAUCACCUCCACCAGACGUCUCAUGAACCCUGGAUCUAACAUGGCUUGCGGCGCGACGUUAAAGCGGUCGAUGGAGUUUGAGGCCCUCCUCAGUCCCCAGUCUCCCAAGAGGAGAAGGUGCAACCCACUACAGGGGACUCCCAGCACUCCUUCCCCGCAAAGAUGCAACCUCCGUACCCCGGUGGACAGCCCGGGCCACUCGAUGUCUCCUCAGCCUAUCGGAGGCGAACACAGACUCACUCCAGAGCAAAUCUUCCAGAACCUCCGUCAGGAGUACAGCCGCAUCCAGAGGCGACGGCAGCUGGAGGGGGCCUUCAACCAGACCGAGGCCUGCAGCCCCAAUGACACUCCUAGCCCCAGUUCCUCACUUAAUGCUCCCAGCUCCCCACCUGGUGCCUCAAGAAAGGACCAACCCUCGUUCACACUGAGACAGGUCAGCUGCCUGUGUGAGCGCCUGCUCAAAGACCACGAGGAGAAGAUCCGGGAGGAGUACGAACAGAUCCUUAACACAAAACUCGCAGAACAAUAUGAAUCUUUUGUGAAAUUCACGCAAGACCAGAUCAUGCGAAGAUACGGAGCCCGGCCUGCAAGUUAUGUCUCCUGAGCUCACAUCAGUGUGAUCCUGGCUUCCUCUCACAUGAUGGCUGCUCUUCUUCUGCCUCUUUAUUAUUGAUUUUAAAUUUUAUUUCCCCCACCACUCCCUCCCCUUUCCUUCUCCACUCUCAGUUUGGGUGCCAUGGGUUUUCCAGUUUUUAAUCCAAAAAUUAGUUUCCUACUUUAAAACUAUUGCUGCUGGCCAAAUAAUUAGAACUCUGUAUGAAGCCUGCUUUUUUUCAUCCCUUUUUUUUUUCUCCACCUUUUUGCUGUUAACAUCCUUUUACCAGACAUCCUGGGGAAAAAAGCAGAUGUUUGUAAAACAAAAAUCUUUUGCUGGCACUGUAGAAAAAGCUUUAUUGGCUUGUGUGAUUAUGCUGUAUAACCUCCCAGCAGCUAUAUUUAAUGCUUCUCACCAUGUUCCACUUUUCUCUUUCUGGCCCACCUCACCUCCCUACUCACAACUCUUUUCCCUGAGAAUGUGGAUUUUUCUCCCUUUUAAAGAAAAACAAUAAAAGUUCUGUGAUUUAAAA